ACACGUUUACCUCCAACACAGCACCAGCUGGCUACAGUUGUCCAGCUUGUUCUUCACCUGUAUUUCCAGCAUCGAAUUUAGUGUCUCCUGUUGCUGACCAUUUAAGAGAAGUUCUCUCUGCCUUCCCAUGGGCAAGGGCAGGCCUGUGGCUUCCACUGAUUGAAGAUACUAAGGACUCAACAGAUGCCAAGGAAUUACCUGCUGUAAAUGGCAUUAUCUCCCCUGAGGAAGUUGUCAAGCAAAAUUCAUCUUCGACAUUGGCAGUCUUACAUAAUGAAGUUCCUUCCCCCGUAUAUCACUACUGAAUCACAUUCACGAAUUCAGACAGGUGCAAGUAGCACAUCUAAUAGUAGCAGUACGGGAACUGUGAGUAGUAGUGCUGUUCGCAUAACAGCUGCAGAAGAUCCUCCUCUCACAUCACAAUAUAGGGGUGAUGUUCAUCAUCCAUCAGGAAGCAGUGUUACCAGAAAAUCAUCAUCUUCUGACACACGACUCCUCCUUGGCAAUGAUAUUGAGGCAGAUGCUGAGGAUAAAUAAAA